AAAAAAAUAGAAAGAUGAAGAAGAAGAAAAAGAAGAUGGCCCCAUGGUAUGUCCACUCAUCACUAGUCCCAUGAUGUGAAGGUCAUCUUCCUCUCCACUAACUCUCUCUUACCCUAUUCUUUUCACCUCUUGCUGUCUCUCUCCCUCAGUUCAUCCUUUGCCUUACCUAGCAAAACCAUACUCGGCCAUUAAUUAAUUUGAUCAUAGCCCAUGUCGAGUGAAAGAGGAAAAGAUUUAGCACAAGGAUCCAAUGAAGACCAUCAACAGUCUCAGUCUUCUGCUGCUACUCCAAGCCGUUAUGAAUCUCAGAAAAGAAGAGAUUGGAAUACUUUUGGUCAGUACUUGAAGAAUCAGAGGCCUCCUGUACCUCUUUCACAGUGCAAUUGCAACCAUGUCCUUGACUUCCUCAGAUAUCUAGAUCAGUUUGGCAAGACUAAGGUCCAUCUUCAAGGGUGCAUGUUUUAUGGGCAGCCUGAGCCUCCGGCUCCUUGUACCUGCCCUCUCAGGCAAGCUUGGGGCAGCCUCGAUGCCCUCAUCGGUAGGCUGCGAGCUGCUUAUGAAGAAAAUGGAGGUCCUCCUGAGACUAACCCUUUUGCCAGUGGUGCUAUUCGUGUGUAUCUAAGGGAGGUUAGGGACUGUCAAGCUAAGGCAAGAGGUAUUCCUUACAAAAAGAAGAAAAAGAAGCCUAGUCCAAGCACAGGGAAUGAUGAAUCAAGCUCUGCCAUGCACUUCUAGUAUCUUUUAUGUUCAUCCUUUGCGCUUUCUCUGGAUAUUUUACUAUAUGCAUCUUGUUGAUAUGGAUAUAUGGUGGGAGAAUCAAGUACUGAAAGAAAUUGUUGAAGGGAGAAUGUAUAUUUCUGAAGUUGCUGUUAGUUUCUUUGCUACCCAAUUGCAUAAGAUGAUCAAAGGAGAUCGAACUGAUGAUUUCAAGAACACUUCUCUCGCAUGAUGUUCUAAUGAUGGAUAUAUAUCAGUCUCUCCCUUUGUUAUUUGCCGUUCCUGAAUUUGUAAGCUUGCUUUUUAUUAGAUCUAUGUCUACGUUAUGCAUAUAUAUGCCACUGCUGUUAAUUUUCUCAAAAAUAAUAUGGCUGAAAUAAAAAAUUUUUUCCCCUCCCUUUAAUCA